AUGGAGGCGCCGGCGAAGAAGCAGCGUCUCGCGGGGGGCGCAGCCGCCCCCCGCGAGGACGACACUGGUCCGGCGGCCAGCGGAGUAAUCGUGCGGUUCGAGUCCGCGGACGGGGAGACGUUGCCGGGCGUCGACGCCAUUGACUUGCCGCAGUCGACCACGACGCAGCAGCUCGACCACCUUCUCAACACGCUGCUCAAGAACGAGGAGAAGAUGAGCUAUAGCUUCUUCACGGACGGGAACCAGAUCGCCGAGGACCUGGAGAAGCACCUCAAGGCCCACAAGAUCUCCGUGGAGUCCACGCUCACCGUCGUGUACCAGCCCCAGGCCGUGUUCCACGUCCGCUCGGUCACGCGCUGCACGGCCUCCAUGCCCGGGCACGCAGAGUCGGUCCUGGCCGUGCAGUUCAGCCCCGACGGCAAGCGGCUCGCGAGCGGCAGCGGCGACCACACGGUGCGGCUGUGGGACCUCAACACGCAGCUCCCGAUGAGGGAGGGCAAGGGACACAAGGGGUGGGUGCAGUGCGUGAGUUGGUCGCCCGACGGGGCGAUGCUCGCGUCCGGGUCGGUCGACGGCGAGGUGUGUUUGUGGGACCCGAAGACGGGGGAGCUCAAGGGGCGGAUGCGGGGCCACAAGAAGGCGAUCAUGGGCAUGGCGUGGGAGCCCGCGCACCUGGCGUGGCCGUGUCGGCGGCUGGCGACGGCCGGGCAGGACGGGAGCGUGCGGGUGUGGAACGCGGUGCGGCGGCAGAGCGAGUUCGUGAUGUCGCAGCACACGCGCGCCGUGUCCUGCGUCAGGUGGGGGGGUGACGGGCUGAUCUACAGCGCCAGUCGCGACGGGAGUAUAAAAGCCUGGGACGGCAAGGACGGGAAGCUGUGCCGGAACCUGCAGGGGCACGGGCACUGGGUCAACACGCUCGCGCUGUCCUCGGACUACGCGCUGCGCACGGGGCCGCACGACCACCUCGGGCAGCGGCCCGAGUCUGACGCCGCAUGUCAGACGCAGGCGCGCGAGCGCUGGGAGGCCGCGACGGGCGGGAAGCCCGAGCGGCUCGUGUCGGGGUCGGACGACUUCACGAUGUUCUUGUGGGAGCCGUCGACGUCGAAGAAGCCCCUCGCGCGGCUCACCGGGCACCAGCAGCUGAUCAACCACGUGGCCUUCUCGCCCGACGGCAACUGGAUCGCGUCGGCGUCGUUCGACAAGUCCGUGCGGCUGUGGAACGCGCGGACGGGGGCGUUCGUGGCCACGCUGCGCGGCCACGUGGGCGCGGUGUACCAGCUGGCAUGGUCUGCCGACUCGAGGUUGCUGGUGUCGGGCAGCAAGGACUCCACGCUCAAGGUCUGGGAGCUGCGGACGCGCAAGGUGAAGAGCGAGCUGCCGGGCCACGCGGACGAAGUGUUCAGCGUCGACUGGGCGCCCGACGGCCGCACCGUGGCCUCUGGCGGGCGCGACAAAGUCCUCAAGCUCUGGCGCUACUGA